GAACGAACAAACGAACCAACAAACCAACAAACCAACAUCAACUCGUUUUUUUGUAAUACCUGCUCGACGCAUAACCCUCCUUUCAGUAGAGGGAAAAAUAUAUCUCUUGCUUGAUAUAAUACAUUUCUAAAUUCCAUUAUAGAUCAACUUAUCCAAAUGAUAAUACACAGAUAUUUUGUGAUAAUGUUACUUUGAUAAAUUAUAAACCAUCAUUUGCCAGAGGAAUUCCGUCACAUGUUUGUUUACUUAAUCUGAAAGAGUGUCAGAUUGAAAUGCCAAUUGAUGAUCAAUUUUGGUCUAUUAUUCCGACUUUAUUUCGAUUGAACAGGUUAACAAUCUUAUCAUACAGUGAUAUUUAUCAAGAUCAACUUCAGUGUCUUCUUGAUCGAGCUCCCAACAUUCAUUAUCUCAAUGUCAACUAA